AUGGAUGGGGGAAAAUCCCAAACUUCUAAGGAGAGGGAGGAAGCCCCGCGUGUGAAACAAUUGAAGAUUGGGCACCAAAGUAAGGGUAAAGAUACCGAAACCCAAUCUGCCCAAAGCAAGGGAAAGGGGAUUGAGGCCCAAUCCUUGCCAAGCGCCUGGCUUCCCACCCCAAUGCUCCACGGGGGGCCACUACUGGAAACCGCGUCCAUGAGGGACCUUGGAGAUGGCGAGGGUGGUUAUGUGGCAGACGCAUUAGGGAGAACCAUGCUACUUCCCAACGACGUGGAUGAGUUGAAGAAAAUGAGGAUACAGGAGGUUUUCCUCAGUGCGAAGAGGUACUUGUGCAUGGCUCUCCAGGCCACCUAUAGGAUGGAGGAGGAAGUGAACAAGCAGAGUAAGGCGGCCAAGAAUGAACGCUCCAAGCGCCUAGAGGCCACGCGGACUCUCAAAGUUUCUGAGGACGACCUCGCCAAGGCCAAGGUUGCCUUAAAGGAAGCUAUCCGAGAUAGGGAUAGCACCUCGGCGGGUUUAGAUGGCACCCAAAAACAGGCCGAGGAACAGACAAAACGUCUACUCGAAACCGAGGAUCAGUUGCGAAUAGCCAAGGAGCAGAUCAGUGAUUUAAAGAAAAGACUGAUCUUGGCAGAGAAUGAGAAAGGUGUGGCGGAGUAUGCCCUGGACGAAGCCAUGAGGGCUAAGCGGGAGGCUGAGUUUGCCAGAAACGAGGCUAAGGCUGCCAAGAAAACGGUUUGGGAAGAGGCCUUGAAGCGAGCUGGGGUGGAUGCUUCGUCUGAUUUGUGGAAAGCGGAGAAAAUAUUCUACCCUGCAGCCAUUCGUGAGGCCGCCUCCACCAGCUCCGAGGCUGUGAGCAACCAACAUGAGGGAGGGGUCACUCAGUCGGAAGCUGUACAGGUCGGCGCCUCUUCUGGCGAGCCGCUUAAAGAGGGAGAGCUUCAAGAUGUGAAAGAAGCCCCUGAGAGUAUGGAUCCCGAGGUACCCAAAGAGGAUGCCGAGCCUAUGGUCGGCAGUCAGAUCCUUGAUGCCAAAGAGCCAGCCACACUUGCCCAACCCCUGCAGGCAAUUCCCCUCACUGUGGUCCCCAAGAGUACCAACACCGACCCUACUCAGUCUUCCCCAGAAGGGACUGUCCUCCAGGGCGUCGAAGCUGGUCUUGUUCUGCCUUCCCAGGAUGCGGUCGACACAAAAUUGAAGAAGUAG